AUGAAGGCGACAGGGGCUAACGCAACUUUGGAGCCGCUGCUCUCCCCAUCAACCGAAAGAAAACAGAAUUAUGGGAACUCACAAAUUAGCGUCCGUGCCGCCAUAAAGCUUUACGCUCAGCUUGUGAUCCGGGACAAUUUUAAUCUGACAACAUGGCUACUGAUGGGGGCUAGCCUUCAGGGUCUUGUUGUUUUGAUAUUUCCGAGCUCAUACGUGGUGAUACCACCUAUUCUCAUGCUGUUCUAUCUCCUUUCCAAGACCAUCCUGGCGACGCUUGGCCUCAUCAGAAAUCCUGGAAUGGAUGGAGUUAUUGCUGGCAAAUUCAGCGCAUUGCUCCCCAAUCGAAAUGGUGUGUUCUCCGGAAAGGCGGCCGAUCAAGAUGUCACGUUGAUUAUACUGGCCGCACGUUCGAAUCACCCGAUGGGGAUGUUCGGUCCCGGCUAUGCCGCGGUGGAUGACUACAUGAAGAGAAUGCAGACUGAGCUUGCAAAUAAUGCAGUCAAAUACAACUAUCUCGGUGCAACGACCUGGAUGGGAACUGGUGAGCGUUCAACUGCGAAUCAAGUUAUGGUUGCGACCUACUUUCGAACCCUGGAAGACGUGCACGCAUAUGCGCAUAGCCCGCUCCACCGUGAGGCGUGGGAGUGGUGGAAUAAGAUUACAAAAUCGCACCCGCACCUCAGCAUCAUGCAUGAAGUCUACCAAGCCCCGAAAAAUCACUGGGAAAACAUUUUCAUCAACAACCACCUGACAGGAAUUGCUGCUACUCAAAGCAUUUUUACGACGGACGGCAAAAGCAACGACGUCGAAAAUAUGUGGAUCAAUCCUGUUUUUGAUGCCAGUAAGGGUAAACUCAAGACUCAUAAGGGCAGAAUUGAAGAGACUGAGGGUGAUGAUCACGAGAAGAUUUUGGACAUUCAGUAUUAG